CAAAAGCACGUUAAAACAAACACUGUCGUGUUCUCGUGAUAAACGUGAGUCACUACAAGUUCAUAGAGCUCAGAGAAAAACGCACUCAAUCGAAUUUCAAGAUAUACAAAUCCACAAACAACUACCAAACCAAUUAGAAUUAUUGCAGUUAAGUGGCUAAACUACUACACACUGGAAAUUAUCCAAUACUUGGAACUAUACUGAAACAACAAGAAGCGAGCACAGACACCUAACGUUUUGCAUAAACUCGUGACAAAUAUAUUGAUUAUUGGCUCUAGGUCAGAACAUGUUUGUUAUGUACCUUCUGUUAACGUGGGUUUUACUGAUUUCAAAGUUGUCAUGUACCUCAACAGAAAAGUUGCCCGUUAUUAUCUGGCACGGGAUGGGCGAUCGAGGAACGGGUAUGGGUAUACUGAAGCUAGCUAAAGCGAUACAAGACGAAAUACCUGGAACAUAUGUCAAAUGCAUUACCACCAGCAACUCAGUAAUUCAGGAUAUUGAAGAUACAUAUUUUAUGCCGAUCAAUGAUCAACUGGAUUAUGUUUGUCGUAUGAUACAUGAAGAUAAAAACCUAUCUAAUGGUCUACACAUGAUUGGUAUAUCACAGGGUGGAUUAUUUGUUAGAGCGUUAGUUCAAAAAUGCAACUUAUCGAAAGUCGGCACAGUUGUUUCUAUUGGAGGACCUCAGCAGGGUAUAUUUGGGAUACCAAAAUGCACUAUUGAUGGGUUUAUUCAUUUGUGCUUAUUAAUGAACGAGCUACUUUCAUAUGGAGCCUAUAUUAAAUUUAUUCAGAGUCACGUUGUUCAAGCUCAAUACUGGCAUGAUCCAUUGGAGGAAGAUGUUUAUCGCAAAUACUCCCAAUUUUUAGCUGAUAUUAAUCAGGAAAACGAAAUAAACGAAAUUUAUCGUGAAAAAAUGAGAAAUAUUCAAAGACUAGUAUUGGUAAAGUUUUCAGGUGACACUAUUGUAAUCCCAAAGGAAUCUGAAUGGUUUGGAUUUUAUCAGAAUGGAUCAUCGACAAACAUAACAGCAUUACAGGACAGUAUUCUGUAUACUGAAGAUCGUCUAGGCCUCAGAGAACUUAAUAAAAGGGUACAUAGUGCCAAGAACAUUUUUCCCGAAAACUCACGACUGCAUCCAGAUAGUGAAGUAUACAAACUGUGUGACCAUGGGAACUCUUUCGGUAUGGAUUUAAUGUCCCAGUUGGUUAAACGAGCAAUACCUGGAAUCUAUGUGAAAACCAUCUCAACGAAUAUUUUUAACAUAGAGGAUGUUAGAGAUACGGUAUUUCUUUCAAUUAAUGAUCAACUGGAUUAUGUUUGUCGUAUGUUACAUAAAGAUAAAAAACUCUCCAAUGGUUUUCACAUGAUUGGUAUAUCACAGGGCGGAUUGCUUGUUAGAGCAUUGGUCCAAAAAUGCAAUUUUUCAAAAGUCGGCACAGUUGUUUCUAUUGGAGGACUUCAACAGGGCAUAUUUGGGAUUCCAAGAUGCAUCAAUACUGGUUUUGUUCCAUAUUGCUUAUGGUUAAAUAAGUUUUUAUCUGAUAUAGUGUAUACUGAAUACAUUCAAAAUCGCUUUGUCCCGGCACAAUACUGGCAUGAUCCAUUUAAAGAAAAUGUUUAUCGCAAAUACUCUCGAUUUUUAGCUGAUAUUAAUCAGGAAAAUACUUCCACUUCAUAUCCAAUAUUCAGUUGCUACUGAUUACAUCUUUCCGUAAACGUCCAUAGAAUUUUCUGGAGAAUUACUGACGAGUUGUCACUUUAUCAUUUCAUGAUCUCAGUAACUUCAGAAGAAUUAGUUAGGCAAUUAUCGUUUUUAACAUAGAGUUUAAUGAUUUUAACGUUCUUUUCCUUUUAUUUAAGCGAAUAAACGAAACAUACCGUGAAAAUAUGAAGAAAAUUCAACGAUUAGUAUUGGUGAAGUUUACCAACGACACCACAGUACUUCCCAGCGAAUCAUCAUGGUUCGGAUUCUAUCGACGUGGAUCAUCAACAGAUAUAAUAAAGCUGCGAGAUAGUAUUCUAUACAAUGAAGAUCGUUUAGGACUUAAAGUACUUGAUAAAAGAGGUGAUUUACAUCUUAUAGAAAAAACUGGUGAACAUUUAGAUUUUACUAAUCAAUGGUUUAUUGAUAAUAUUUUAAUUCGUUAUAUGAAAUAAUAUUGACCAAUAAAAAUCAAUGUUCAUUUCAAUAUUUUUUUGUUUGUUUGUUUGUUUUUUCGUUUGUUUUUCUUCCGUAAUAUUUUUUGGUUAAACAAAUAAACCCCUUCUAAUCAGAUCGUUUUAUGGUUUUUUUUGCUUCCCUUCGUAAACAUAUUACAUAACUUAUAAAAUCAAUAAAAAUACAUUGUGAA